CAUCGCUGCUCCGAUCCCGUAAGUGCCUGCCUAGGCGAAGUCCACAGCCCACUCCUUCCAAUAUUCAAAUGUCUACCUGGCCGUACAGGGAAUACAUUUUGAUACUGGUCAAACCAUUACUUAGAAAAACCCGUCGCUAUUCACUUAUUAUUAGUGAAUAUCGACGGAGUAUUUGAGUUGUGCCGUUUCACGCGUAUCUACCCUCUCAUUGGCUAGAAUGGUCCCACCUGAUCUGGCUUCCAUCUUUAAAGGACAUGUCUUUCCCUUGUUAGAGAGGUCACUCGACCAUCUUGUCAAUAUAAUAAAUAAUCUUUGAUCAAAUAAAAUACAGGUCUGUUUGUUUCCUGUGCGUCAGGCUGCGGCUUUUGACAGUUCGAGAGUGAAAAAGGAGAAGGUGUCCCCCGGUCCAACCACUACUCAAUGAGAUGGCAAACAAUGGGGCAGACUGCGAGCUACCUCAGAGGCGCCUAUCAGCCAGAGAAAAGUACAACGGGCAGUCUGCAGACUCCUUGUCGCUGAGUGAGAGGAAGCAGAGGGACCGCGAGGAGCGUGUGUCUCUGGUUUUAUGGAAGAAACCGCUCGUCACGCUACACUACUUCCUGCGGGAGCUGCUCACAACCCUGAAGGACUGGAUGUGGAGGUUAUGGCGGCAGAGACAUUCAGUCUUGUCUCUGCUGGUGCUGGUCACCCUCUUCUCCAUCGCCUACUCUGUUAAAGGAACACAUCAGAAGUAUGUGCAACACACGGAGAAGAGGUUCCUGUGGUGUGCUUACUGGGUAGGCUUGGGUAUCCUGUCAUCUGUGGGACUGGGGACUGGCCUGCACACCUUCCUCCUCUACCUGGGUCCACACAUAGCAUCAGUGACCCUGGCAGCAUAUGAAUGUGGUUCGGUGGAUUUCCCGGAACCCCCCUACCCCGAGCAGAUCAUCUGCCCCCAGGAAGAGGUGUUGUUGGGGGGGACAGAGGCUGUGGCCCAAGCGGGUGUGGAGGGCUUGGCGGGGGUGGCAGCAGCUGUACAGGGAAGCAUCUCCCUCUGGACCAUUGUCUCCAAGGUCCGCUUAGAGGCCUGCAUGUGGGGAGCAGGCACAGCCAUCGGGGGAGCUGCCCCCUACUUCAUGGCGCGGGCAGCGAGGCUGUCUGGAGAAGAGCCUGAUGAUGAAGACUAUGAAGAGUUUGGAGAGUUGCUGGAGCAGGCAGAGACUCCACAGGACUUUGCCACCAGAGCAAAACUAGCAGUGCAGAAAAUGGUUCAGAGAGUUGGAUUCUUUGGAAUUCUCGCCUGUGCCUCUAUCCCAAAUCCAUUGUUUGACCUGGCAGGUAUAACAUGUGGCCAUUUCCUUGUUCCCUUUUGGACCUUUUUUGGAGCAACACUAAUUGGGAAAGCCAUAAUCAAAAUGCACAUUCAGAAACUGUUUGUGAUCAUAACCUUCAGCAGCCACAUAGUGGAGCAGAUGGUGUCUCUGAUCGGUGCUGUCCCAGUGCUGGGCUCCUCUCUACAGAAGCCCUUUAGGGAGUACUUGCAGGCCCAGAGAGCCAAGAUGCACCACCACGCGGGAGAGGGGACCUCAGCCGAUGAAAACGGGCUGUCGUGGGUCUUUGAGAAGGUGAUCGUGGUCAUGGUUUGUUUCUUUGUCUGCUCCAUCGUCAACUCCAUGGCCCAGAGCUAUGCCAAGCGCCAGCAGCAGCAGAUGUACUCUGAGGGGAAAACCAAGUGAAGGCAACACUAAGAAGCGAGAAGAGCAGCUAGCCUAGCACACAUUCUGGGCUCUCGGUCAAAAAACCCUCAGCACAAACCUGCUGUAUCCUACACUUUUUUCUCUGUCUCCAAUAAUCUCCAAUGAGACACAAACCGCCAUAAUCCGAAGUAUGGGCGUCCAUGUUAUCGAUCGAUGGAUAUCCAUCCGUAUGAAGUAACCGUUUUCUUUGUUUCUGUAGUGAUACUGAAGGUUAUCCGUUUACAUGGAACUUGGACUUAAUUUAUUUGCUUACCAGGAUUUUUUGAUAGAGAUGAUGGCCCAUAGUUUUUUGCUUCCUCAGUGGUUGUUCACUAUAAGGUAGGUGCAUGGCCAUGUGGUGUGGUGUUGUAUGGAUAGGACAUCCAUUUCAUUGAGCAGCUCUACAGUGACUGUGUGUGGGUGGGUCAGCAGCUACUGGCACUGAUUCUCCUCUGCGAGGCCUUAAGUACUCUUUGGUCCAGCUUCCACGACUAGAACUGAUAGUCUUAUCAUAGAGCCUGUUUAUUUAAAUGAUUAUGUUUGGCUUGGAUCGGUUUUAUUUUUCUUAAAUGGUUUGGUGUGUGCACUGUAAUGCAGGGACUGAUGUUAUAUAUUAUUUUAGUUGUGUAAGGCCUAAUCUGUUUUUUCCCCAGUUCAUUUGUUAGGGUUUUUUGUUGUUGUUGUUUUUUCAACUGAAAUGGGAUAGACAAGGAAUGUACAUGGAAUGCACAUCUUGUAAAUAUAGCUAUGAUAAUAUAGGAUUUUCAUAACUUCACUUCGACAAAUCUGAUGUAGAUAGAUCUGAAUAAAUCAAAACAGGGAGUUAAAUCACUUGAUUUUUAUCUGUACCUAUACUACUAUUGAUGUCAUUUCUAUGCUGUAAAAUUCCACAGAGUGAGCACCUUUGGAUCAGACUUCAUAAAUCGUCCAUGAAUCAUUCUGCUGGUCCCUUUGUCUGGAGUUAUUUUCUACUUCCAAUAAGAGAGCACAUGAGUCAGACCUGGGGCUGCUCAACCAACCAGAUGCACUGAUGGAUUGAAUCAGAUCUGUGUUUGUGCCACUUCUGGAACUCUCUUCCUUAUAGAGCCUUUCAUUCGGAUCACAAUUCGUGUUUGGUGGUAUCUGUUUAGUUUAUAUGAUCUUUUAGGGGUUGUGCCUGGUUUGAAGCUUGUGGUAAGUGAUUCCUUUGUCUUCAGUGCCUGGCUAUUGAGGGAGUUUCAGACAGUGUGUGUGUUAAUGCAGCAGACUCCUCUGCACUCUCUCAACUCCCAUGUAAAGCUUGAAUGCUCCGUAAGCUCAUGUUCACAAUUCCUCUGGGAGGAAGGGCAGCACUUAAAAUGAUGUUAUGUCAUCAAUAUGUUACUUUUUUCUGUCUUAUGCUUGUUGGAUAACGUCAGCUGGCUUGUGAUCCAAGAUUCCUAUUUUUCGUAAUUGCUUGUGAAUUAUUUUUGUAUUUUUUUGUACUGUUGCCCUGGUAUGUUGGUUUGGGAGCUCCGGGCGGACAGGCAGGAAAGGGGGGGAGCGAGUGGAGAGAAAAAGAGAGCGAGCGCAGUGAAACGGGUCUGUGGCGUUACCUCCAGUGAACCCUCCUAUGAACUCGCUGCACUGCCCCAGUGACGGAGCCAGGAGACGAAUCAGUCGAGUAGAUUCAAAACAGAGAGGCACUGUUGAACGCACAGAGCCUCAGCCUCCCUCCAGUCUGCUGCAGCUCUGCUAAUCACCCCAUUCAAAUACAGCCUCUCUCUCUCAGGGUAAGUAAUGGAAGGAUUUUUCCCCCUCCUCUUUCCUCAUGUUACGUGUGUGUUUGUGUCUCAGGCAUGUCCGUCACUCUCUCGGCCUGUCAGAUAGCUUAUCAGACUGGUGUUGGCUGUUACAUUGCAAGGCGACAACAGUCUGUAGGCUGUCUGACAUUUCGGGCUCUUUCAUCUGACCAGCAUCCUGUUUUCUCUUUGUCCGUCUGUGGUUGUUGUCAUUGUUGAAGCAUCGGUUCCCAUUUUGAGCUGUGUGGUCUGAUGUUAUUGUUCCUUUGUUGCAAAAUAUUUUAGACAUAAGUUUGGUUUAUUCGCUCUCUUAUUGAUGUAUUCUUUGUUGACUUCUUUUAAAGUGGUUAUAUAUGUAUAUCUGUUUGUAAAUUAAAAUGUAUUGCCGUUAAUUUGUC